UUUUUCAGUGUCGGUUGGAGCGCGCGCGCGACGCCCGCACGACCACCCUCGAUUUAAGAUCAAUACACAAAUACUAAUAAGAACAACUAAAGAAUGUCCAUUGAACCAAUUGCAUUGUAUCCCCCUCACCCAUCGACGGUCCGUGCUCAAGCGACAUCCCUCACGUAUGACAAGGUCAAUGGCCGUGUUGCGUACGCCAUGGGCCGGUCGAUAUUCGUCAGGCCCGUCGACCCCCACAGCGCCGUCAAGUCAUUCCAAUUUCUGAAACACACGGCACCCACCACCGUGGCAGCGUUCGCCCCCAACGGCAACUACAUCGCCAGCGGUGAUGAGAGUGGCCAUGUCAAGAUCUGGGACACUUCGGUGUAUGGAGAUAAAGAUGUGUUGAAAGAGGCGCCAUUAGUCAAGAGUGAUUUUCCCAUUCUUUCAGGAGCCAUCAAGUCGAUUGCCUGGGAUGCCGACAACUCGCGAGUGAUUGCGGUAGGCGAAGGAAAGGAGAAGUUUGGCCACUGCUUCACGUGGGACUCGGGAAACUCGAUUGGCGAGAUCCAGGGCCAUUCGGACGUGAUUAAUACGGUGGACAUCAAGGCACAACGGCCGUACCGUGCCGCCACCGCCGGCAACGACAAGGCGGUGGUGUUCUACACGGGGCCACCUUUCAAGUUUGACAAAAGUAUCCGGGAUCACCACACAAACACCGUAAGAGCCGUCAAAUUCUCUCCUGACGGUAAAUACCUUUUAAGUGUGGGUUCCGAUCGGUUGGUAGUGGUGUACGACGGCAAGACGGGCGAGUUUGUGACGAAGAUCGAGAACGCCCAUGAAGGAGGUAUUUUCGGCGUGUGGUGGUUUGGCGAUUCAAAGAAGUUUGCAACCUGUUCUGCUGAUAAUAGUGUUAAGGUGUGGUCUGUCGAAUCAUGGGAACUGACACAGACCUUAAAAGUAGGAGAUGCAGUCACUGUUGAAAACCAGUUGGUGGGGCUUGUGGUAACUGACAAGUAUAUUAUUGCCCUUUCGUUGAAUGGGAACUUGAACUAUUUCGAUGUUGAUGACGGAUCGUUGCAAGUGGUGCAGGGCCACCAGAGUGCCAUCACCGCGACCCUCGUGGUGGGCCACUCAUUGGUGACAGGAGGCUCAGACGGGAGUAUUUACAAGUGGACCAUCGACGGGGACUCGUUGAAGCUGGUGCCGCAGUUUGUGGGUGGCCACAGCAACUACGUGGUGGACUUGGCGUACGAUAAAAACUUAAUUUCUGUGGGCUGGGACGAUAAGUUGAAGGUGUGGGACCUUGACAACGGCACCCUGGUGUCGGAGACAGUUUUGGUAGCGCAGCCCAAGAAGUUGGUGAAGCAGAAUGGAUCGGUGAGUGUAUUGUUUGAGAAUAGUCUCACAGACUUCACCAUCACCGAGCUGAUCCAAAAGGGUACCGACACCGUGUUGAAGUACGACUCAAGUGAUGUCGACGUUUUGGCCGAGAAGUUGUUGCUCACCAACUUGCUGGACAACAAGAUCGAGUCUGCGUCUUUGAAAUUCGAUGUUAUUAGAGGAAGUCCUUCGCUUGUGAGGGUGUCUCCCGAUGAGCAGUACGUGGCUCUCGGAGAUUCGACUGGAAAAUACAUUAUCUACAAUGCUGAUGCCAGUAUCAAAACCACCCGAUGGACGUAUCACACAAGCAAAAUCGUGGACGCUAAAUGGAGCCCUGACUCACAGUUUCUCUUGAGUGGUGGGUUAGAUAGCAAUUUAUUGGUGUACUCGAUCAAGAGAAUUUCCAAGGUGGUGCAGGCUCCAUUGGCACACCAGCUGGGGAUUUCGCGGGUCGAGUGGCUUCACUACGAUUUCGAAGGGUCUGGUCACGGGGUGGUGGCAUCCACGGGGUUUGACGGGGCAGUCAAGGUGUGGAAAGUAGACUUAUCAGUGUUCAAGUAAUGGGCCGUUGCUGCGCGAGGCAGGUGCGCGGCAGAUAACACCUCUUUUUAUCCGGAUAUAUGCUGAGGUAAGCCUUCUGACAGGUUUUCGCACCUCGCCAUAUAAUUUUUAUCAUGAGGAAUACAAGAUAGAGUAUGCUGGUUCCCAUGCAUCAGGAGCCUUGUCGCCAGUUAUAUGGCCUGCUGGUAUGUUUCCCGUCUUGUGUCUAUAUAGAAAUGAACAGUCGUACCCCGCGUCGUAUAAA